AUGUCUGAAGAUGGCGAUGGAGACCUCUGCGGACUCCCCGAGCCCAGGGACAGUGAGAGCCGCUCCUCCCUCCCCCCCAGGACCUUCAUCCGGCUCAACGACCUGUCCGGAGCCGGGGUAGGGUCCGGAGGCGGGGGCGCGGAGGUGAUGGUGGAGCCUCCCCCUCCCUCCCCGGCGCUGGAUGGGAUCUCUACGGCGGGCGACGAGGGCUCUGGCAGCGGAGGGGAGACCUUGCCCUACCCCACCCUGGCACCCGUGGUAUUCUUCUACCUGAAACAGAACACACGCCCAAGGAGCUGGUGUCUCAAGAUGGUCUGCAAUCCGUGGUUUGAGCGGGCCUCCAUGUUGGUGAUCCUCCUCAACUGUGUGACUCUGGGCAUGUUCCACCCCUGUGAGGACAUCGACUGCCACUCGGAACGCUGCAAGAUCCUUCAGGACUUCGACGACUUCAUCUUCGCCUUCUUCGCGAUCGAGAUGGUCAUCAAGAUGGUGGCUUUAGGCAUUUUCGGAAAGAAGUGUUACCUAGGCGACACGUGGAACCGGCUGGACUUCUUUAUCGUGCUGGCCGGGAUGCUGGAGUACUCCCUGAACCUGCAGAACGUGAGCCUGUCCGCGGUGAGGACGGUGCGCGUGCUCAGACCACUGCGAGCCAUCAACAGAGUGCCAAGUAUGCGUAUCCUGGUCACUCUGCUGCUGGACACUCUGCCCAUGUUGGGGAACGUGCUGCUGCUCUGCUUCUUCGUCUUCUUCAUCUUCGGCAUCGUGGGCGUGCAGCUGUGGGCGGGGCUUCUGCGCAACCGCUGCUUCCUGGAGGACAACCUCUCCUUCCCUCUUUCUGUCGGACUGGCCAACUACUACAAAACGGAGAACGAUGACGAGAACCCGUUCAUCUGCACCAUGCCCAGGGACAACGGCAUGAGGGGGUGUGAGACGGUGCCCAGGCUGUACGAGGAGGGCGGAGUGCAGUGUAACAUGGACAUGUACUCUUACAACAGCACGGACAACACCACCUGCGUCAACUGGAACCAGUACUACACCAACUGUUCAGCCGGACCCGUCAACCCGUUUAAGGGCGCCAUCAACUUCGACAACAUCUGCUACGCCUGGAUCGCCAUCUUUCAGGUGAUCACGCUGGAGGGCUGGGUGGACAUCAUGUACUUCGUGAUGGAUGCGCACUCCUUCUACAACUUCAUCUACUUCAUCCUGCUCAUCAUCAUCGGCUCCUUCUUCAUGAUCAACCUCUGCCUGGUCGUCAUCGCCACGCAGUUCUCCGAAACCAAGCAGCGCGAGAGCCAACUGAUGAAGGAGCAACGCGUCCGCUUCAUGUCCAACGCCAGCACCUUGGCCUCCCUUUCCGAGCCCGGUUCCUGCUACGAUGAGCUUCUGAAAUACCUGGUCCACAUCAUCCGCAAGGGGGCCAAGCAGGUCGCCCACGUCUUCAGAUUCCUGGCGCGCCGAGCUGGGUUGAACAUCGCCGCCUCGCCCCCCGCCCAGGAACCCCAACGCACCCAGAGCCAGAGGAGACGUAGAAAAUCUCGCCACGGAUCUAUGCUGGUCCACCACAUGACGCACCACCAGCAUCAUCAGCAUUACCACUUGGGGAACGGCAGCGUAGUAAGGGGCGCGGGUAGAGGAGGAGCGACGGAUGCUGGCGAUGUCGAGUCAGCUUCGAACAACAACAACGGCGGAUCUAUUGUAGCGUCCAGCGGGCAUUUGAUGGUAGCCGCGCCGAUUGUAGCCACCACUUCGGAUACAGAUAUAACGGUUUUGCCCAUGCCGCCGGAUUGUACGCUUUCGCCCCCGUCGUUGAAUCCGUUCUCCUUGACGCCGGGCGCGCUCAAAAGGAAUUCGGUGCCAUUCGCGGCGCCGAAGAACUACCCGACGUUGCAGGCCAGGGCGCUCGCGGAGUCCAGGAGGGGGAGCGUCGCCGUUAGCAACCUCAACUUCAACCUCAACAUUCCACCCAUGGCCUUGGAGCGGCGUCCAUCCUGUCUGGUGGAUACGCACAAUCCAGCAGCCCAGCUCUCGUACCAGCUGUCCGCCCGCGACCUCAGCCACUCGGGCAUCGCCAUGGAUACCACCGGCUUCACCCUGGACCCGGAGAACUGCCCGUACUGCGCCAAGGAGUCCGAAGCGGCCGCCGAGGGGGGCAACGAGACGCCGGGGGACUCGGACAGCGAAGGGGUCUACGAGUUCACCCAGGACCUCCACCACCGGGACCGCAGGGACAGCCGGCAGCCCAGGAAGAAGCACCGGAGCCUGGGCAAAACGGCGGCCAAGGUGGUGCGCUUCUGGAGGCUGGUGUGCGACACUUUUCGGAAGAUCGUGGACAGUAAAUACUUCGGAAGGGGGAUUAUGAUCGCCAUUAUGAUCAACACGCUGAGUAUGGGGAUCGAGUAUCAUGAGCAGCCGGACGAGUUGACCAACGCUCUGGAGAUCAGUAACAUCGUGUUCACCAGCCUCUUCGCUCUGGAGAUGCUCCUCAAAGUCCUGGUGUACGGCCCAUUCGGAUACAUCAAGAACCCAUACAACAUCUUUGACGGCAUCAUCGUCGUCAUCAGUGUGUGGGAGAUCGUUGGCCAGCAGGGCGGCGGUCUCUCGGUUCUCCGUACGUUCCGCCUGAUGCGCGUUCUGAAGCUGGUGAGGUUCAUGCCGGCUCUGCAGAGACAGCUCGUGGUCCUCAUGAAGACCAUGGACAACGUGGCCACCUUCUGCAUGCUCCUCAUGCUCUUCAUCUUCAUCUUCAGUAUCCUCGGAAUGCAUCUUUUCGGCUGCAAAUUUGGCUCGGAGAGAGACGGAGACACACUUCCUGAUCGCAAGAACUUUGAUUCCCUUCUGUGGGCCAUCGUCACUGUCUUUCAGAUUCUGACGCAGGAAGACUGGAAUAAGGUCCUGUACAACGGCAUGGCCUCCACCACCCCCGUAGCCGCCCUGUACUUCAUCGCUCUCAUGACGUUUGGAAACUACGUGCUCUUCAACUUACUGGUGGCCAUUCUGGUGGAGGGCUUCCAGGCAGAGGAAGUGGCCAAGCGGGAGGACUUGCAUGCCCAGCUAAGUCUGAUCCAGCUGCCUGUAGAACCAGGGGGUGAUGGGUCCAAACCUGCUUCUGAGAUCGAUUCAGUGGCUCGCAGCAUGGAGGACGUGAACGGCAGCAAGAAGGACCUGUCCGCAUCUGCAGUUGUCCCGGUGAACGGCCACGUGGAUCAGCUGAAGACCAGCCUGACUCCGCCCCUUAUCACCCACACCGCAGCCACGCCCAUGCCCAUCCCCAAACUCCCUGUGGGCGGAGACAGCAUCCUGGGAUACGAGUCGCGCCGAGGCAGCAGCGUGUCCAUGGACCCGGCCUGCUACGACAAGUCACCAACGAGCCGCAGCCCGUCGCCGUACACUCCGUGGGGCAGUGGCAGUGUGCGCUCCAGCCGCCGCUCCAGCUGGAACAGCCUCAACCGCGCCCCCUCCCUCAAGAGGCCCAAACACCAAUCGGGAGAGAGGAGGUCCCUGCUGUCCGGAGAGGGAGGCGGAUCCAGCUCCGACGAGGCAGAGGGGGGCGGAGACUCCGGAGGGGGCGGGGACUCCAGCGGGGGCGGGCUCCUGGAGGACGAUGACGCCUCAUUGGCCAGGACGGAUUCCAUGUCUCAGCAAAUCAGGCCGCGCCACAGGAGGAUGGAGUCGGUGGAGACGAGGAGUUCCAUGGAUCUACCACCUGAUGCUCUUCUGCAGGUGCCGUUCCUGUAUCGCUCGGCCAGCAUGCACAGCUCCAGACCACCCUCUCUGAUGGCUCUGAGGCCCCCAGAGCACAGGGACUGUAACGGGAAGGGCUCCCCGACAGCGCUGGGGCCCACACAUGUGUCUGUGGAGGAGAACACAACAGAGGACGAGAACGCAGAGGAGGACGUGCAGAUGGGUCGAUCGGCUCGACUCUUCCACUACCUGGAGAAGAAGCAGCCGGACUGGUGCAAGCAGAGGGACACGUGGUCUCUGUACCUCUUCCCUCCAGAGUCCAGGUUCCGUAUCGUGUGCAACAAGAUCAUCACUCACAAGAUGUUCGACCACGUGGUUCUCGUCAUCAUCUUCCUCAACUGCAUCACCAUCGCCAUGGAGAGGCCGCGCAUCGACCCCAGCAGUGCCGAGCGGAUCUUCCUGACGUUGUCCAACUACAUCUUCACGUCCAUAUUCGUAGCAGAGAUGACAGUGAAGAUCGUGGCGUUGGGCUGGUGUUUCGGGGACAAGGCGUACCUGAGGAGCAGUUGGAAUGUUCUGGAUGGGAUGCUGGUGAUGAUCUCCGUCAUAGACAUCCUGGUUUCUCUCAUCUCCAACUCCGGCACCAAGAUCCUGGGCAUGCUGAGGGUGCUCCGACUACUACGAACGCUACGGCCACUACGAGUGAUCAGCAGAGCUCCAGGCCUGAAGCUGGUGGUGGAGACCCUGAUGUCCUCCCUCAAACCCAUCGGGAACAUCGUGGUGAUCUGCUGCGCCUUCUUCAUCAUCUUCGGCAUCCUCGGAGUCCAGCUUUUCAAGGGGAAAUUCUUCGUCUGUCAAGGAGAGGAUGUGAGGAACAUUACCAACAAGUCCGACUGUCUCCAGGCCAACUAUAAGUGGGUCAGACACAAGUACAAUUUUGACAACUUGGGGCAGGCUUUGAUGUCCCUCUUCGUCCUGGCGUCUAAAGAUGGUUGGGUGGACAUCAUGUACGACGGUUUGGACGCCGUUGGAGUGGAUCAACAGCCCAUCAUGAACUACAAUCCGUGGAUGCUGCUCUACUUCAUUUCCUUCCUGCUCAUCGUGGCCUUCUUCGUGCUCAACAUGUUCGUGGGCGUGGUGGUGGAGAACUUCCACAAGUGCCGGCGCCACCAGGAGGCCGAGGAGGCAAAACGCAGGGAGGAGAAGAGACUGAAACGGCUGGAGAAAAAGAGACGGAAUAUUAUGAUCCCGGGGGUGAGUUGGGCCCUAUCAGACGGCACACUCAAAGAAGCUCAGAGCAAGCCGUACUAUUCUGACUACUCCCCGACGCGCCUGCUGAUCCACAAGAUGUGCACCAGUCACUACCUGGACCUGUUCAUCACCAUCGUCAUCGGACUCAACGUGAUCACGAUGUCCAUGGAGCACUACCAGCAGCCCAAGGAGCUGGACGAGGCCCUGAAGAUCUGUAACUACAUCUUCACGCUCAUCUUCGUCCUGGAAUCCGUCUUCAAACUGGUGGCUUUUGGGUUCCGGCGCUUCUUCAAAGACAAGUGGAACCAGCUGGACCUGGCCAUCGUGCUGCUGUCCAUCAUGGGCAUCACGCUGGAGGAGAUCGAGGUGAACGCGUCUCUGCCCAUCAACCCCACCAUCAUCAGGAUCAUGAGGGUGCUGAGGAUCGCACGAGUGCUGAAGCUGCUCAAAAUGGCCGUCGGGAUGAGGGCCUUGCUGGACACUGUUAUGCAAGCUCUGCCUCAGGUGGGGAAUCUGGGACUCCUCUUUAUGCUCCUCUUCUUCAUCUUCGCGGCGCUGGGAGUGGAGCUGUUCGGGGACUUGAUCUGUGACGAGCUCCACCCGUGUGAAGGCCUCGGUCGCUACGCCACCUUCAAGAACUUCGGCAUGGCCUUCCUGCUGCUCUUCAGGGUCUCCACUGGGGACAACUGGAACGGCAUUAUGAAGGACACGCUCCGGGACUGCGCCCACGACACCAGCACCUGCUACAACACCGUGGUCUCCCCCAUCUACUUCGUCUCCUUCGUCCUGACCGCCCAGUUCGUCCUGGUCAACGUGGUCAUCGCCGUCCUCAUGAAACAUCUGGAGGAGAGCAACAAGGAGGCCAAGGAGGAGGCGGAGAUGGAGGGAGAACUGGACAUGGAGAUACACAACGAAGCCAUAGGAGGAGGAGGAGGCGGAGGAGGAGGGGGAGACGUUGGCUGCCGGUCGCCCCAGCUUAUGCCUCUCGGGCUGGGUUUGGAGAGGUCCGGCAGCGGCGGGUCACCCUGGAGGUCUGGAGGAAGUGGAGGAGGAGGAGGUGGAGGAGGACGAGGCAGCGCAGGAGGGCACAGAGAUUCGCUCGUCCCGGAGAUCACCAGAGACUGUGAGAAGAUUGAGGAGACCUGUGCAGAUACGGAGCCACAAUAUGAGGUGAGUGAUGGGUUUGUGUCGCGGAGGGCGCCGCUCGACUCGGUGUCCCUGGUCAUGCGCGGCUCUAUGGAGUUUGGCGAGUUGAGUUUGAUGGACAACCUCUCUGGCUCCAUCUGCCACUUCUACGCCCUCCCGCCCCGGCCCGGCAAGCCCCGCGGCGACGAGAAGAUCCCUCUAGCGGAGAUGGAAGCUCUGUCUCUGGCCUCGGAGAGAUCCUGGUCGCUGGCCGACGACUCCACCGCCGAUGAUUUUAAUCCUCUUUUUCUAACCAGCCUGGAAUGCAAUCCCCAGAGCCUAAACGGGGAAGGUCCGAGAGAAGAGAACCUGCUGAGCGUCAGGAAGCCAGCGGUCGGACGCACGCACUCCCUGCCCAACGACAGCUACAUGUUCCCGCCUCUCGACCAGUCGGCAGCCAGCACGUCCUCCGCACAGCUCCUCCCACAGAGCCACCGGCCGCACCACGCUCUGGGCUCGCACAGGGGGCAGUCAGGUUCCAGUAGCUCGGUGCGCUCCCAGCCCGAGGAGAGGUCGCAAAAACUCCCCAUCCCCGCGGACCUCUUCAGACCCAUCAGCCCCCACAGUGCGUCCGACUCAGAGGGCAUCCCCCGCCUGCCCCCUCCCCGCCGCACCCACACGCUCAACCGGCCCCUCCGCAGACAGGUGGCAGUGUCGACUGAUUCUCAGGAGGCGCUGUGCCCGGACACAGGGCAGAGCAGUGAAGGACUGGUGAAUGUGGCGUCUCUGGUGUUGGCCCCUCCGCCCUCUUGUCUGGUGGCGCAGCAGCCCCUCUCCUCUGCCCCCCCGCACAGUGAGCAGCACAGUGAGCAGCACAGCGUCGCCCCCUGUGGGCCCCAGGAGGAGAGCCUGGUGGACCAGGAGGUGUCCCUCCUCACCAGCAGCACAGCUUACGGGGAGAGACAGGAGAGCCGCGGGCUGAAGCGCUUCCACAGCGUGGACACCAGAGGGCGCAGCAGACUCCUGCCCCGGCCCCGCCCCCUGUCGUGGUUGGAUGAGCCGCGGCGUCACUCUGUGGAGGUGUGCUCGUCUGUGGAGUCCAGCCCUCAGCGCAGCAGCGCCUCCACCUCCUCUGGCUUUGUGUCCAGAGGGGACAGUCUCCAGACCUCCACCCAGCUGCCCUCCCCCCGCAGGAAGAAGAAGAUGAGCCCGCCCUGUAUCUCUGUGGACCCUCCGGACUUCUCCGGUCUGAACGCGCUCACAGGGCUGCCCCCCCUCCUGCCGGGACAGGACACCUGCCUGAGGAGGAGGGCGCCCUCUAGUGACUCCAAGGACUCGUUUGACCUGACUGUAGGGGAGGGCAUCGGGCACGACCGGGGCUCGCCCAAAAGCACCAACCCCAAACUAUUGACUCUGCCCAGCCUCUCGUUUGAGAAGAGCACUUCUGAGCACUGAACACUAGAGGAGCCCCUCCCUCUGCUGCGGGAGGCCCACUCAGGAGCGCUCACUGAG